ACGUAAUGUCAAUUAAAGUCAGUGUCAUAUUAUGUUGUAGGUAUAGAACACCUACCAAAAUAAAUAAUUAUUUUAUGAAUACGAACUAUAUCUUUUAUCUCUUUAACAUUUAAAAUUACUAAUGAUUUAAAUUACAAAAUGCGUUGGAGUGAAGAGCAAACACAUCAGUUCGUUAAAACAUACUUAAAACAUGAAAAUCUCUGGAACCCGAAGCAUGUCAACAAUAGACACGCACAAUAUAGAAUGAAAUCAUAUAAACAAAUACUUUCGGAUUUCAAAGAACUCACCGGGAUAGAUAUGAAUGUCUCAGAUUUAAAGAUUAAAAUAAAAAAUCUGAGGUCGACAUACACUCAAGAAGUAAACAAGAUUAAACAACGUUCGAAUCAGAACUUCAAGUACAAAACAAACCUAAAGUGGUUUCAUGACUGGCACAAACGUACCCAACAGAAUGCUGAAGUACAAAAUGAGUCAGAGGAGCCAGAUGACUCUGAAAUAUGGCUUGAAACAGAAAUAAGUAAUGAGAACUCUGAUAUUAAUCCAUUCUUGGAUGAAGAAUACACAUUCAUCAAAGUGGAACCAAAUGACUCAUUGAAAAUAAAAGAACCAUGUCCUAUAGAUUCUAAAAAAAUGAAAUGGAGAAGUCAAAGCACAGAAAAUUCUGAGGACACAUUCAGGGGUAGUAUUGACUCCACUACCCCAAAAGAAGAUGAAUUUGACAUUUAUGGGAAAUUUAUUGCAUCACAGUUAAGAAAAAUGGACCUCCAGAAAGCUCUCAGGUUACAACUUGAUAUACAGAGCCUCAUCAGUGAAGCAAGGAUAUCAGACUUGGCUGGGAAAUGACAAAUCUAAAGUUUACCCAACAUUUUGGAUAAUUCAUUCAGGGCAUCAUCUUAGUCAACUAGAAAUAUAUUGAUAAUAUUAUUUAUAUUAAGAUAACAAGAACAUUAUUAGAUUUUGCAUAUUGAACACUAUCUACACAAUUACAUUUGUAAAAACUUAGUGAAACUUCAUAAUGGGCAGACUGAUGCAGCACUGUGAUCUGUGUGAAUGUGAGUGAAUACUGUAUACCACAUGGGUCAAAUUAUUUCAAUACCUGUAAUGAGCACUAAGCAAAUUUGAAGUUCAACCCUCCCAAUGAACAGACUCAUUAGACCAGCAACACUGGCUAUUACAUGAUGGUUUAGGUUUGAAAUUCAGGCCGAGUCGGUACAAAAUAAUACAUUGAAUCCAAGUUUAUGUCCUUAAAUUGUCCUUACUUUCAAUGUAAAUUGGAGGGGGAUCUUACAAGCACGAUCUUAACUUCUUCAGAAAUUCUGCCAAAAUCUGGAACCUUUAAGGUCUUCUAUUGUGGGUUAAAAACCAGCCAAUAUUUUUAUAAAAGAAAUACAUUUGACACAAAUGUUCCUUCAAUAUUCAAAUAGCAUUUUAAAACAUUAUUGCCAAAAUAUAUUGUUACACCAUAAAAUGAUACUUACAUUUGCAAUUAAAUAUUGUAUUAUUUAGGUUAAGUCAGUGAAUAUGAUAUACCUUCUUUUCAUAAGAAACAAAUUUCUUAUGAAAAGUCAAAUUCAAAAAUUAGAUGGCAUGAUUUAAAAAAUGUUUCUAAACUUAAUUCAGAAGUGUCCAUCUUAAAUGUUGACAACUUUAAUAGGUUCUUAUGACUAAAUGAUACCAAACCUAAAGCACACCACAAACAGAAGUAACAAAAAUCUUACAUUCUACUAACCAGUACUGCAUGUCAGAUAUCUGCUGUGAUAGUGCUAAACGCAAGACCUAACAAAUGUAAUUGUAUUAAAUUUUAUACUUUAAGAAUCUAUCAAAUUAUACUUUUUGUUAUAAUGAAUAUAGCAUAUGUUGUAGUCACCUUAGUACAAUAUUGGAACAAAGAAUAACUAAGACAGGGACAGAUAAUCAGAUACCUACCAAUCUUCGAAUUGAACACAUUCACGAGAGACUUGCACAUUAAAAUAAUUAAACUGUGGAAUAAAAAUCGAGCUAACAAAAUGUAUAAUUUUGCGUAAUUACCAAUGUUGUGGUAUUGUAAGCUUUGAAGGGAAGGUACCAGCAUCCCGUCUGUUUUUGCCGCAAAGCAGUCAUCCGUUCGUUUGAAAGAUGGGUCAGCCGCAAUACAAUGUACGGACUGGGGAUGGCGACGGCGCUGGACGAGGGAGGAUGUCGGGAGGAGGCAGUGUCGGUGCGACAGUACUUGCACUGCACAAUUAAUUGAAAUAGUAAAUAAAACGAAAUGCUAAA